AUGAGCUUUCCCGAGAACGCCAUCUUUGACUUGCAGAAGUCUCAUCAACGAACUCGGGAGUAUGGAGACACGGAGCCAGUCUCAUGGAAUUAUCCACAUCACCGGUAUCGUGCUCGGAUUGUCAACAGUCUUUCUCCAGCGCUGAUUCCCGUGUGGCUCACGGAUGGAGGAGGACUGCCAAAACCCAAACUACAUCGCAUCCCCAAUCGUGGCAUCGCCCAUGUCUUCGCAGACAAGAAGACCUUGAACGUUGAGGUGCUGUUCUCGUGCCGGUCGGCGGAUGACCUGGCGUUCUCCUCAAGGAAUGCCCUGUGGUGCGGGUCAAACACGUCCUCGUACAAGCAUGGGGACGACCUGCCGAUCCAUUUCAGAGUCGCACUCAUCACUACACAUCGUCCACCGUUCCCCCAGCGGGCACUCACGUUGCUUAAGGUCCUCGCGUGGCUGAGCUCAUCAACCACGGAUCUCCAUGGGGCCAUGUAUAAACCAUCUCUAAAUGACGUCAUUUGA